AUGGCAUCACCGGACAGGGCCAGUGGUGUGGGUGGCAGUCCUGAGGAGACAGAGCUCAGCAUCACCCUGACCCUUCGCAUGCUCAUGCACGGCAAGGAGAUCGGUAGCAUCAUUGGCAAGAAAGGAGAGACUGUUAAGAGGAUACGAGAGCAGAGCAGUGCACGCAUCACUAUCUCAGAAGGGUCCUGCCCUGAGCGCAUCACCACAAUCACCGGCUCCACCGAUGCCGUCUUCCGUGCUGUCUCCAUGAUCGCCUUCAAGCUGGAGGAGGACCUGGGAGCGGGGGGCGAUGGGGUAUCAGCAGGCAGAGCACCGGUGACCCUGCGCCUUGUCAUCCCUGCCAGCCAGUGCGGCUCCCUCAUCGGCAAGGCGGGAGCUAAGAUCCGGGAGAUCCGGGAGAGCACAGGGGCACAGGUGCAGGUGGCUGGUGACUUGCUGCCCAACUCCACUGAACGGGCUGUCACUGUCUCAGGGGUGCCAGACACCAUCAUCCAGUGCGUGAGGCAGAUCUGCGCUGUCAUCCUGGAGUCGCCUCCGAAGGGGGCCACCAUACCCUACCACCCUGGUCUCUCCCUGGGCACCAUCCUCCUCUCUGCAAAUCAGGGCUUCUCCAUGCAGGGCCAGUACAGCGGGGUCUCUCCUGCAGAGGUGACGAAGCUGCAGCAGCUGUCAGGGCAUGCGCUUCCCUUUGGCCCCCUGGGCCAUCCACCCACCAUGAUGCCAGGCCUGGAUGCCAGCUCCCAGAGCAGCUCCCAGGAGUUCCUGGUGCCCAAUGACCUCAUUGGCUGCAUCAUUGGCCGGCACGGCAGCAAGAUCAGUGAGAUCAGGCAGAUGUCGGGUGCCCACAUCAAGAUUGGCAACCAGACCGAAGGCUCCAGUGAGCGACAUGUGACCAUCACAGGGACCCCUGUCAGCAUCACCUUGGCUCAGUACCUCAUCACAGCCUGCUUAGAGACUGCUAAAUCUACCUCCCAGGUGCCACCAGGCCCUGGCUCCAUGGACCUCGGCAUGGGCUUCUCCCAACCCCUCGGCCCAGGCUCUGGUGCGGCACUUCCCGCCGUCGCCCCAGCCCCCCCAGCCCUCCUGGGCACCCCCUACGCCAUCUCCCUCUCCAACUUCAUCGGCCUGAAACCUGUGUCCUUCCUGGCACUGUCCCCAUCCUCCGUGGCAGGUCCUAAUGGUGGCACCACCACCUACACAACCAAGAUCUCAGCGGCCAACGGCACCAAGAAAUCUGACCGGCAGAAGUUCUCACCCUACUGA